AUGUCAUCAAGCACACCAAAUUUCUCAUCUACACCAUUUCAGCCCGGAACGAAUUCAUCAACUAGUCGGGCCGUGUUGGAAGGUGAUUUUUCAAUGAGCAAAAGUUUUGAUGGUGAUGAUGGGAAUGCAAAUAAAAGUAAUGAUUCAACUGAAAAGAGUUGUGAUGUUAUUGACCUUGGUGAGGGGGAAGAAGAGGAAGCCUAUCUGGUGAAAAUGUUGCUAGACAAAAGGGCGAAUGAUGAAAAUGACUUUAUUCGAGCAAUGAUUGGCAAAAUGAAGGCUAAAUUUGAUAAAUGUUGGGGGGAAUGCAAUUUGCUCAUGUCCGUGGCCGCCGUCUUUGAUCCAAGAUGCAAAAUGAGGGUUGUUGAUUUCACUUUUGCAAGGAUGUAUUCCGAUAGAGAAGCAAGAGAAAAUAUUGCUAAAGUUCGAGAAGCUCUACAUGAGAUUUAUGAAGAAUAUGUUCGUGAAUAUCAACAUGGCAAUGAGCAUAGUGGUGAAACUCCAAUGCAUAAUAAUGAUGAUGUUGGUACUAGUGGCAAAGGCUCGUCAGGUUGGUCCGAAUUUUCAAGUUAUGUGAAAUCUAUUGAAAAAGCCUCUCCACAACAGUCAGAUUUGGAUGCAUACUUAGCUGAAGGUUGUUUCAUUUUUGAAGGAAAUCCUGGUCAAUUUAAUGCCUUAGAAUGGUGGAAGGGAAGUACUUUAAAAUAUCGCAUCUUGUCAAGAAUGGCUCGUGACAUACUUGCUAUUCCUAUCACUACAGUGGCUUCAGAGGCUACUUUCAGUGCAGGUGGUAGAGUGAUUGAUACUUAUCGUUCUUCAUUGGCUCCAGAGACAGUGCAAGCAUUGCUUUGUGGAGGAGAUUGGUGUCGAAAUCUUCAUGGAGUGAAGAAGAAAAACAAAGUGAGUUUAUAA